UAAGACAAGAGUCGAGUUGAGUGGCGUUUACGAGUACGUUAGUGAUUUAGUCAUUCAACAGUGUGUAGUGUGAACGCGCGCGUUUUGCAAUCCUCCCGCCAAAAGUUUUGACAGAUAGUGCAGUACAUCUUAUUUAUUUUUUUAUUUGUGUAAUAGGCUUCAUAAUGUCAUCUGUGGAUACGAAUAAAAACGGACCGACGCCGACAUUGCUUGAAAAAGCACCAUGGACGGACGAGCAAGGCAUCGGCAUGAAGGUGUACCGAGCCGUAUCCAUAGCCAUAGAGAUCUUGGUGCUCUAUGUGAAAAUGACAGUCACUUGGUUAUACUGCCUCUACCAGUUUUUCGUACCACCUGAACCUAAGAGCGUCAAAGGCGAGGUUAUAUUGAUUACAGGAGCCGGUCAUGGAAUGGGCAGAGAGGUUGCCAUGCGUUUCGGGAGGCUGGGUGGUAUAAUUGUAUGCGUGGACAUCAACGCGGUGGGCAACCAAGAAACAGUGGACAUCAUCAAGAAAGAUAAAGGAAGAGCCCACAGAUUUGAAUGUGACGUCACAAACCGGGAGGCAGUGAUAGCGUUGAAGGACAAAAUAAGCCGUGAAGUUGGCGACGUUACGAUGCUUGUAAACAACGCUGGAAUCAUGCCGUGCAAACCGCUCAGUAUGACCACAGAAAGUGCUAUCCGUGGCGCAUUCGAGGUUAACAUCAUCGCACACUUCUGGCUACUCCAAACCUUCCUACCAUCCAUGAUGGAGAAGAACCAUGGGCAUAUCGUGGCGAUGUCUUCCAUGGCCGGUGUGGUCGGUCUUCGAAACCUGGUCCCCUAUUGCGCCACCAAGUUCGCAGUGCGGGGUCUUAUGGAGGCUCUACAUGAGGAGUUGAGAGAAGAUGCGAAGGAUUACAGUGGAAUUAAACUGACCGUGAUCUGCCCAUUCAUAGUGGAUACGGGACUGUGCAAGCAUCCAAAGAUCAAAUUUCCAUCGCUCAUGAAGAUACUGACCCCGCAGGAGGCAGCCGACAAUAUUGUUGACGCUGUACGCAGGAACUACUACGAGAUCACGAUACCCAGCUCUCUUUAUUACAUCAACAUGAUCUGCAGAAUAUUCCCCCGCUCUGUGCCGUUGUACCUCAAAGAUUUCCUGGAUUCAGGUCUGGAAGCACAAUAAUACAGAGAUUUUUAACAUUCCAUUAAAAAGAAUAGAACAAUAUUACGUGAAAUGCCAGUAGAUCAUGAACGAUUUAUAUUUGCUCAAUUUGAUUACAAUUCAAUAUAAUCACGCCUAUUAAGACUUACGAACUGGCCAAUGACUCAAACUGAAGAAAUUACCAGGUUUCAUAA